GAGGAUGAGAUGGAGAUGAUCCGAAAGAAGCUUCACGAAUGGGGAUAUUGUCCAUAUCAUUACCAAUCUUUCAACUAUGAUGAGUCUCCUGAUUGGCGUGCCCCUGUGAAGCUUCUCGAAUGCAGGCACCUCAAAAUGCUAGACAAUUUUGAUCGCUUUUGCAACGAAUACAUAAGCUUCAACUUCCAAAUUGAGACAAGGAUGGUUGGUGGGGUGAGGCUUUGCAGCCACUCCGAGUUGCAACAGAUUACUGAUUUCAACCAGGAUAGUGAUAGAUUUAUCCGGAAGACUCUCCACGGAAGAUUGUUCCAUGGCACUGUUGGUGAAGGAUCUGAAAAACGAUCAGCAUUUGUUAAGACAUGGGAUUUUGUCCUUCCUUACAGACCUAUACAGAGUUACCGUCCAUAUUAUUUUUGUAAUGAGAUUGAAUUAUUCACAAACAAAAAUGCAAAUACGCAUCCAAAUUUGGCAAAAUUGUCAACAUUCUGUUGUGACACAAGGCUUGCAGCUGUCUAUGAUGGAAAAUUUACCAGAGUCUUGUCUGAUGUGCUUCCUGCUGAUGACUUUGGGUGGGACAACCGGAUAAACGUGGCAAUUCAACUUGCAGAUCUCUUUGCAUGGUUGCAUGAAAAGGGGGUUGUAGUUGGCGGUAUUAAUGUAUCAUGCAUUAUGAUAGAUGAGGAUAUGAAUAUAAAAGUAUUUGACUUUGGUUCCGUUUCUAAUCACGUGGACGGGAAUUCUGAAAUUCCCCUUAACUUUUUUGUCUGCCGGGGAGCUCCAGACACAGGCAUGUUUGCUCACGCUUCUUCAUCUAUGAUGUUUACCGUGUUUUUUUAGGUCUAGGUUUCCUCAAUUGGAGCCCACCAUUUUUCUUUUCAUCAUUUUGUAUUUUUUUUUCUUUUCUUUUCUCUUGAAUACCUUAGUAGUGUGCAAGUUAGGUCUAGUUGUUAAAAUCGCUAUCCAAAACGUAAGCAUGAAAAUAUAUUUGUUACUUGAGUCAUCGAGGAGCAAUUGUCUAACGUCCUUAUGAUCUGAUUUCUUGCAUCCUUGAUUCUCGAUGUCAUAAAAUACUACUUCUAUGUUGCUCGGACUCUCCAAAAAUUGUUGCAGCCAUCAUGUUAGAUAAAAAAUGCACUA